GUUGGCAGAACUUCCGGUGCGAUGAUAGGCUGAAGUCUGAGCGUAUGUGGAGGGUCGGGUGGAAGCUACUGGUAUUCCAGAACUCACGAUUUGUAGUUUGGGCCGAGGGCGUGGUUAGUUCAUGGGAGACGUUAAUAAUGUGAAAUACCUAAGCUGCGUUCGUCGUUGUAUACCAGCUAUGGGAAUACGCAGCCGAAUUCGGGCCGGUUACUAAGGGGAGCGGUGGGGAGCAUGCGCAGUGGCUGGCCGCGGUCAGCGGUUCGGCCCACCCCUUGGUCCCGCCCCCCGCCCCUGUAACCCCGCCUCCCGCCGUGGCCCAGCCCCUUCCCGGCCAAGAUGGCGGCAGGCGGCUACGCAGACUUGAGGGAGAAGCUCCAGUCGCCUCACCGCGAGAAACAGCGACUGGCCUCGGGAGCAGCGCUGUACAACGGCCGCAAGCGGAAACACGAGGCGGAAGCGGGUGAUCCCAGCCUGAGUGGGGCGUGCAGCGGCGAGGAGUACGAGCACGGCAAGUAUCACAGCGACUACGACGAUGAUCGGCUCGGAGAAGCCCGGCGGGUGAAACAGGGCAUCCGCCAGGUACGCCUCUUCACCGCCGACCAGUGCACUCAGAUUGAGACACAAAUCGACAACGUGGUUUCCCGGGCCGAGAAGGGCAUUUACCGUGAUCACACGGUGGACAGGGCCCCGCUGCGCAACAAAUACUUCUUCGGGGAAGGCUAUACCUAUGGCUCGCAGCUGGAGAAGCGAGGCCCCGGUCAGGAGCGCCUGUAUCCCAAGGGAGAUGUUGACGACAUCCCUGAGUGGGUCCACGACCUGGUGAUCAAGAAGCUGGUCGAUCACCGCAUUAUCCCGGAGGGUUUCGUCAACAGCGCCGUCAUCAACGACUACCAGCCUGGUGGCUGCAUCGUCUCGCACGUGGAUCCCAUCCACAUCUUCGAGAGGCCUAUCGUUUCCGUGUCCUUCUUCAGCGAUUCGGCUCUCUGCUUUGGCUGCAAGUUCCAGUUCAAACCCAUUAGGGUGUCAGAGCCAGUAUACUUCUUGCCUGUCCGAAGAGGGAGUGUUACUGUGCUCAGUGAUUAUGCAGCAGAUGAAAUCACUCACUGUAUUCGGCCGCAAGAUAUCAGGGAGCGAAGAGCUGUUAUCAUACUCCGAAAAACAAGGACGGAUGCACCACGUUUGGAGUCAAAGUCAUUAACUAGCUCACUGUUACCAGUUCACAUGUCCAACAGACAGUUGAAUAGUGACCGGUAUCAAUCAUUACUGAAACAGAAAAGAUCCCAUCGGAAGGCUGAUCCAGAUGCUGCACACAGGCCUAGGAUUUUGGAAAUGGACAAGGAGGAGAAUCGGCGAUCUGUUAUUUUACCAAAACAUCGCAGGAGGAGUGACUGUACCACAGAAAAUUACUGGCGAAAGGCACAUGAUUGUGUGGAUGAAGAAGAUGAUGAGAGUGGUGAAGGUGGAGUAGCAGGUAGUCCAGUCCGAAAAGUAAAAAUGCGACGCCACUGAUUGGAGAGAGGAGAUAAAAUUGACUUUAACUUGAAAGCUGAAGGUCAAGAAAUGCACUACUCGGUUCUGAAGGGGACAACUCAACAGCAACUUUCAAAUUCAAAGAGCAAGUUUUUAAAAAGAAACACUCUUUAAAACAAAAGGAUUUUAUUAAGCUCCUCAAGGGUGGAAAGUGUCAGGAGAUUGCUGUUCUGUUGCAGCCAGGUGGCCUCUGUUUCAUUCAACCUUUGUUAGUCGGUAACAUUGUAUAGCCUAUUUUCCCAUCUUUUGUUUUAUGUAUUUAAAACCCGAAAUAACUCGUACAGCUCUGUGUUAAAGAAAAUUGUUUAAAAUAUAUAUUAAUUUUUUUUUAAACUACAAUUUUUUUUGAAAUGAGAAGCAGCCAGAGUAUCAUGGUAUCACAUGCGCUUCUUCAAACUUCAGCGCUUCCGUUGUUAGGGUUGCAAGUUUUGGGAAAGUUCCCAAAGUGAUGUUAAAUGUAUUGUUGCAGAGGAACUCUUACUGAGAGCAAAUUUUGUUUCCAUGUAUGGGGAGGGAAAGAAAGCUGCGUGUUGGCUUGUAACAAAGUUGUACAGUUCUAGAAAAGUUUAAUGUACGCAAAAGAAUGAGUUAUGUAAAUGAAAAUAGGUAUUUUAUGUAAAAAAAAACAAAAAAACUUUUAAUUUGGGUAACUGUCAAAAAAAGUUUGCCUGUCAGCAGGGCCUUUGACCUGGAUGCUUGCUUUAUCUCUUGUACAAAUGCUAAAUUUGAUUAAAUGCAAAGAGCAUCACUUUAA